CAUUCCAAGCCUCCACUUUGCCGCGUGCGAAGACCAAACGGAAGAAUUCCUGCCCACCAGUUUAUAUAGACGAUGAUUCCAGUGAAAGAGCAUUGCUUCGACACAGCACAAGCCGUAAUUCGUACUCGAAUUUUAAGAACAGCAGCAAAGAAACGAAGCGUUUGACUUUUGGUGAUGUGACUAUGAUUUAUGAGGAACUGAAUCUUCCAGCUAGCAGCACAGCGGCAACAACAACAACGGUAAGCGUGAAAAAUCACUACACUUUCGAAAGUUCCACUCCAGACCUUUACGACGACGCCAAGACACCUAACAGCAACAACAUGGAUAACAAUGGCAUUGGUGGGGUUGGUAGUAGUAGUUUGGGCUGUGGUAUGAGUGGCUCUACAGCCUCGAUUGCCGGUCAAUUGCUGCAUUUACAACCACAUCAGCCGCCGGCACCACCCAACAGCAUGACCGUUAGUACACCGUCAAGCGAGCAGCAGGAGGCGAUUGCUUUGAAGAAAGCCUUAGAGUGGGAACUCAGUUUGGAUGCCAAGGAUUUACGUUCACAUGCCUGGUAUCAUGGUCCGUUGUCACGGCAACGUGCCGAGGAAAUCGUACAGCGUGAGGGUGAAUUUUUGAUAAGAGAUUGCGCUUCACAGCCGGACAAUUACGUGCUCACCUGUCGCACCAAAACGCAAGUGCUGCAUUUCGUUAUAAAUAAAAUUCUUUUACAACCGGAGACAGUCUACGAGCGCGUACAAUAUCAAUUUGAGGAGGAUGCUUUUGAUGCAGUACCAGAUCUUAUCACAUUCUAUGUUGGCUCGGGUAAACCCAUAUCAGUAGCUUCGGGCGCACGCAUACAGUAUCCCUGCAACCGCACAUAUCCUCUAUCAUUUUACGGCCAUAAAAUUGUUGGCAAUCACUUGCACACUCAAAUGCUGGCCGGCAUAAGAGGCGCCAGUCCACUGAACUCACCACUAAGUCAUAAUGGAAAUUUCCGCUUUGGUUCCGGCAUUAUAACACCGCACGUGCAACCGCAAGCAGUGCACAGCCCUAUGUCAUCACCGCCGCGUGUAAAACGUGAAAUUCCACCACGUUUGCCGUCGAAAAAGCAACGCUCCCAAUCACUAACACCAGCACAUGCCACGCCCACUAGCGGUGUGCUGCAAACGCACGCAAGCGAAUCUUGCUCCAGUGCUGAUGGUAUUAUACAAGCUACACCGGUGGCGUCUACCGAGAUUGGCGGCAAUGCGAAUGGCUUUCGUGAUGUGGGGCGGCGUUUAAGUAAUUUCGAGAAAGAGGUGCUCGCUAGCGAGUCAUCACUGGUGGUCGGUGAAAAUAUCAAUUUGCACAGUCACUUGGAACAUUUGGCGCAAACGGGUAAACUACACGGUAACGGUUUUCAAACAAUCGCGCGCUGCUCGAUAGCUACCAGCGAGGUACUAGAUCAUUUUAAGUUUACUACACACUCGUUGCCACGACCCAAUACGAAUAACUUUCGCGGCAGCAGCGUUAUGCGUAUCUCAAGUUUGGCGCGUGAUUUCGGCUCAGAUGCAGUUGGGCUGAGCACCAGUUUAGAGGGCAGGCAAAUACCCGAGUUACCCGAAAAACCACCUAGUCCGCCACCGAAGCCGGUGCGCGCAAAUAGUCAAACGCGUAAGGAGAAGGAGCAACAGCAGCAAUUGGCAGCACAUCGUGCCGGUAUUGCGGCCAUCGGUUAUCAUGCCAGCGGUUCGGAUUCCGGCAAUGGCUCUGGUGAUUCUGUGCAAAGCUCAAUACCUGGUGAUUGUAGCAAUGAGCUUGCUCAGCAUCGUGGCGUGAUAAUAAAGAAUCCGCGUUUUCUAAGUAAUUCGACAUCGUCGGCGACUCUGAAGAGUCUGACAGAGUUUGAUGCGAUUGCUGCAGAAGAACAGUUGUUUACAAUGGAAAUACCCGAGUUCAAACCGGUCACCAAAUUCGAUUUCGAAAACUUCAUCACACUACUGCUACCAUCGGUGGACAAUAAACCGCUAGAUGGCGAUGCGCUCACCACAUUUAAAAUGAUGUUGCUUGAAUCGGGACCAAAAGUGAUUGCCGAACACAUAACACGCAUCGAUAUAGGACUAUUAAUCGAAGAGUUGCCCGACGAUGAGCAGCGUAAUGUCUUGGAUUGUUGCGGUUUGGAGAUGCUAACACUGCCAUGUGGUAAAGUUUUUCGUGCCGAUUUAAUUGAGCGUACACAAUGCAUGAAACUGAUGGUCGCAGUGACAAUACUCACGUGUCAAACAGAUUUGGAUCGUGCCGAGUUGCUCAGCAAAUGGAUACAGAUUGCGGUGGAAACAAAAACAGCUUUGGGUAAUCUCUUCGGUUUCUGUGCCAUAAUGUUGGGUUUGUGUAUGCCACAGAUACAAAAGCUGGAGCAAGCCUGGCACAUACUGCGCCAAAAGUACACGGACAGCGCAUUUACGUUCGAAGCGAAGCUGCGUCCCACCUUGAUCAGCAUGAAUGAGUGCUCCAAUCCACAAGCGCCAAAUACUACCGUGCCGCAUGUGCUGCUCUAUGCGCUGUUGAAGGAUCGUCCGAUUAUCGAUAUUAUCGGCAUAAACAUGGUCAAUAUGGAGGAACGCUGUUCACUCUACGGCACUUGCAUUACCGCAUGGGAAGCUAAAGCUGAUGAUUUUGGCAUGACAAUUAAUUUUCUGCACUUAGACUCGGCACGUCAAUUUCUCAGAAACCUAACGCUCUAUAGAAAGAAUGCUAAAAUUUUGCUAGAAGAGUCUAGUCAACGCCUGGAUGAGUUGCUUAGUGAUGCGUUUCGCACCGAAUUUCAUGUGAAAUUUCUAUGGGGCAGUAAGGGCGUCACCGCCACGCCAGAAGAUCGUCAUUCGAAGUUAGAAAAAGUGCUCGCAUUAAUGGCGGAUAAAUUCUGUAGUGUUGACUGCAACAGUGCAGCUGCCUAAAUAGAUGUGGAAAAUAUGCUGUAAAUAUGCGAACCUACUUACAUAUAUAGUAUAGAUAUAUAAUAUAUAUAUACAUUUAUACUUUUAUAUGAAUUAGAAGCGAUAUUAGGAUAUAAACUUAGGCAUUAACGUGGAAAAUUUUUGCUAAAGAUGCACUUUCUAUCAACUAGCGAAGGUAAUGACUAGCGAUAAUCAGCGUAGAUGUGGAUUAGUAAAAUAUAUCCAUAGCUUACAGAUCUAUCAUUUACUCUUAAGCUAGUUAAGCAAAAAUUUCAUAAUUAUCUAACCAGACGAAGUAUUUAUAGUCUGCAAAAUUGACCUCGCCCCGAUUGAACGCCUUCAGCUAACCGCCUAACCGUUUGAAGUUCGAGAUUAAUCCCACAGUCUUUCCCUUUUAUUACUGUUUAUCAUUGUAAAAGUCAAUUUAUGGAAGAACUGUAGUCCUUUCAUUGGACUGGAAGCAUAGUUGGAAUCAUAGGAAUUCGUUGGAUAAGGACUUACUCAGCUUUAAAUAAGUCUUUGCUGUUCAUCCCUCGAAUCACGGGCAAUCGCGUACCGUAACAAGUUUUCGGCAUUAUAAUGCUGUUAGUGGCCUGGCAGAUAAUGACGUGAAGUCCACGCAGCGAAUAUUUUUUUAGGGUUACUGUAGAAACGACUCACAUCUACAUUCUCGACUGGUUUGCAUCCUGUAGUAACCCUAAAAAGUAUUCGCUGCGUGGAAUUCACCUCUUUAUCUGCCACGUCACUAACAGCAUUUUAAUGCCGAAAACAUGAUUGCCCGUGAUUCGAGGGAUGAACAGCAAAGAUUUAUUUAAAGCUGAGUAAGUCCUUAUCCAACGAAUUCCUAUGAAUUAGAAUGUAGAUGUGAGUCGUUUCUACAUUCUCGACUGGUCUGCAUCCUGUAGGAACCCUAAAAAGUAUUCGCUGCAUGGAAUUCACCUCUCGACUGGUCUUCUUCCAGUAAUAUUUUUAUAGAAUUUGAGUUGCUGAUUUUGCAGCGCGGACCUCUACAAUAUGAGCAGGACACCUUAAGCAUUCUUCUGCAUGCACUUCUUGCGUUUGCAACAUUCUGAGACACAAUGUGACUACAACCGAGGCUUGACCUUCUAAGAGCAGAUAUUAGUCAAGUAAAUCAUACUUUAAAAAUAAGAAAGUAAAAAAAAUUAAGCAUAAAUUUGCUUACUAAAAAAUAAUAAUGAUAAAAGAGCUCCGUCUAAUUGCCAACGAGUGAGUCAUGACAUGACAAGAGUCAAAGUAUAAGCCAUCUAUUGGGUUAUCACAUUGAUUGCAGCUCAGCGUCAUCUAAUAUUCAUUUCGUUAACUCCUCACCGUGAAAUAGUGGGUUUCCAACUUUUAAUAUAGAGUUUUCCAAUAUGAGGUGUAAUUUUUAUAUUCAAGGAAAUUUUUCCCUUUAAAAGAUCGAUGGUUUCGUCUUGUUUAAAAUAUCGUGGUCCAGAACAAUACGAUCCAAUUCCAGCCAUACAAAAUGAUUCCAUGACAAAAGGUCCACAGGACUAUAAGUCGCACCAAACAGUUACACGUUGAGAAUGGAGAGACUGCUUAACAAUAAAGCUGUUAUUUUCCAAGCCGCAGAUCCGAGUAGUUUUGCUUAUUGACGUAACUGUCGAGGUAGAAAUGGGCCGCAUCAGUUUUUUCGACGAAAUCUUUAUAGUGAAUUUUAAUUUGUUGAAUCGCGUAUCGUUCUAUUCUCGUCAAAUGUCAAAAAAAUAAAGCUUAAAAAAGAAAUAGCUGGCUAUUCAAAAUAAUACUACUUAUUAGAAAACCCUUUAUAUGUAAUCUAUAUAUUGUAUAUAAAAACCUUCUACUGUAUGGCUGACGGUUCAACCCACAAUCUAAGCCACUGAUUGCAGAAACGUAAAACUUUUACGUUGUGUUCUGCAUGUGCAUCCGUUAUGAAAGGAUUUUCCGUGGAAUUGCUCUGCAUACGAUCUAUUCAAAUAUAUUGAACUUAUUUUAAAAAUUUUCUAUUCAUUCACAUGAAAUUUGGUCCACCGGUAACUCUUUGCUUAAAUUGACAUGUAGAACACUCUUUCCUCCGGAUCGACAAGUUUUCAUUUAUCGUUUGAUUGGCAUAAACUUGUAUUAAUAUGGAGAGCACCUUUUCUUUCGGGACGUGGGCCUGAGAUCGAUUCGGGGGUUUUGCUUAGUAUGCCAGCUUCAUAUGGCUCAUUGCCAAGAUCAAUGUCUGCCGUACUCUGCUUUCUGCUUCAGGAAGUGAGCGCGACACGGAUCUAUACGGAAAAAUCGCGUUUAUUGUUCGAUUUGCUUUAAAACACUUAAUGAAAACAAAGUCGCGCAUAUAAACAUAUAUAUAAGGUUGUCAAAUAUCUCCCUUCCGCCUUUU